AUGAUGACAUCUGCUGCCACUGCUUCCAAGCACUCCACUCUCCGCCUACUAGUACUGGUAUCUUCCUUCCUGGCUUCUUGUACUGCAUUUCAAGUAGCGACGCAAGCUCCUCCUGCAGCGACCAGCCUGGGUUACACGGUGGGAUCAGAUGUGAUUCCAGAGACAGCGUGGAAACCAGCUCCUCCUGCUCCUGCCGUGGAUCGUAGUAGCAGUAGUAGCACAAGUAGUAGUGCUAGUGAACACCGAUUGCCCAACAUGAGGACAGUUUCGACUCGCGCUGAAUUUGACGAAUUUGUGAAAGAUUCCACGCAGCUGACCGUGGUUCGAUUCCACGCUCCAUUUUGCAAGGCGUGCAAAGCCAUGGCGCCCCAACUGGAACGCUUUGCCAAGAAUCAUCCCGAAAUGAACUUUGUACAGAUUGCUUAUGAUAGAAGAGACCCCGAAGUCAAGGGAUUGGUCCAAAGUCUCCGCAUUCAAAAAGUACCCUACGGGCUAGUCUACCAUCCUGCCGCGGGACUGGUCGAAUCGGCCAAUUUCAACAAGAAGUACUUUUCCAGCGUCGAGCAAAUGUUAGAGGAAUACCAUCAAGGCAUUUGCUAUUUGCCCGAUCAAGUCGACGAGUAUUCCAACGUGUACGAGGCGCCUUAUGCUAUUGUGCAAUAA